AUUGUCGGCUGUGUUUGUUAAACCAAAGGACAGCGAUGUAAAUACUUGAACCACAAAGCUGUCACAGACUUGCAAUAAACGAGGGGAAACUGGCCAGAAUCGGGAGAGUAUGAUUUAAGCAUUUUGUUUUCCACAGGUUGCUACUGCCCAGGAAACAGGACUGCCGGACUGAUCGGAGAACCAGCGAUUGGGGUCAGGAUUUAGAUGUGGACCCCAACAUCUGGAUUCACAAAUACACUUAUCUAAGCUGACAUCGCUGCCCUCCUCCUCCUCUUCCUCCUCCUCCUCCUCCUCCCCACUUCCUCAGCAGCCAUGGCCUCCAAGCCCCACCCCCCACUCAUGAAGAAGCACAGCCAGACCGACCUGGUGAGCCGCCUCAAGACCCGCAAGAUACUGGGAGUGGGCGGCGAGGACGACGAUGGGGAGGUGCACCGGUCGAAGAUCAGUCAAAUGCUUGGCAACGAAAUGAAAUUUGCCGUGCGAGAGCCGGUCGGGCUCAGGAUGUGGAUCCUCUUUUCAGCCGUCAUGUUCACACUUAUGGCUUUAAUGGCACUGGCACUCCCUAACCAGCUCUAUGAGGUGGUGUUUGAUGAUCAACUUUCUGCCACAAGAGUCUCUGUUCGACUGUUUGGAGGAGCGCUGCUCAGCAUCUCACUAAUCAUGUGGAAUGGCCUGUACACCGCUGAGAAGGUCAUCAUUCAGUGGACCUUGCUGACGGAAGCCUGCUACUUCGGAGUGCAGUUUUUAGUGACAUCCAUCAUCCUUAUGGAGACUGGCUCUGUGUCUAAUGCCGCCAUCCUACUCCUCCUCAGUCAAGUGCUCUUCCUCAUCGUCACCCUUGCCUACUACUACCACCUAGGACGUCGGCCCAAAAAGAUCUGAGGCUCUCCCGAUGCAUUGUGGGACGGGUCACGGGAUAUGGAUUUGAAACAGCAGUGAGGAAAGAGGCUGGAUGGAAAGCGAGCAGCAUGUCCACCAUCACACAGACCAUCACCCCCCCCAGGGACCAAUUAAAAUCACGCUCUAUUUAAAUUGACUCUUAACAGUUGCUUUCUCACUGAUACCAGAACUGCAAAUAUCAGUUUGAAAGCUGAUGUAGUUAGUAACCACAAGUCUUUGUGUCUGGUCUCUUUGCUUUUGUUGAUUCUGCACAGCACGUAGGACUCUCUGUGGAGGUAGAAGAUAAUAUGAUGUGCACGUUUGCGAUAGGGGCAAGAACAUGUGGCUUUCUUAAAAUACAUACUUUAAGACUGCCAAUGUUUUCUUCCCGGACCUCUACUGUCUUUCUCUAGCUUGGUCUGACUGUGUUGCCUUUUGUAUUCAAAGAGUGCCCUGUCCAUGUCUGUCACAACUCAGUGGUCAUCACCGAUGAUGUAGUCAGCUAAACAAAACAUUGUAGCUCACUGCCAAUGCAGCCCAAACUAGCUAUGUGUUACUUUGUCGCUUUAGUAUAUCUGUUAUCAUUACUUGAUGCACUUAGCACUAAUUGUAUGAUUUAAAUUGUAAGGCACUGCAACUUUGCAGUGGCUGUAUGUCACACAAGCUAGUUUGCUGUUGUUGAAGGUUUUUUUUUGUGCUAGCCCUGUUUUGUUGUGCUGCAGUAUGAAAUCCUGUUGAUGUUAUGAAUUGCCUGCUAGCCUUUUUCUGUAAUAACAAUGAUUUAUUGCUAUUCAAAUGUUUGUUUUCAUUGUACAAUAUACGUUGUGUAUUUCUGUGCUGGUUAUUACAGAUGUUAGUGCAACAGAGAACAAGGGCAUUUAAAGGAUUGUUUUUUUCAGUGCCACAAGUUUUUUGUUUGUCUUUGGGAAUCAGUCUUUAAUUCACAGUCAGAACAUUUGGGGACUGCUCAUACUUAUGAAAUAGCUAGCUUUGUAAGUAGUAUUCAUAACGUACAGGUUAGAAAUAUGUUUUCUUUGUGGUCUCAGGAUGUAAUGCAGAAAACUAGUAUCUUGAACCUAGACCACCUCCCUUUGUGGGGUAAUGUUAGGUCAAAAUGUGCUCAUUGAGUCUGUCACCCAAACAUGUCUCAUUUCAGUUUUUUUUCUUCUCCAGUGUGAAAGUCCUGUUUCCACAAUUCAAACUUUUGUGCUAUGUAUACAUAACAGAAACAAAUGGCUUCUUAUUUUGUGUUUUAGUUUUUUAAUAUCAUAUUUCUAUGGUUUGUUUUUCAUUCUUGUGUAUUGAACUGAGGCACUUCUUGUAAUGAAUUUAUUUGUAUGAAUUUCUGCAAAGGCUUUGAUGUGCCCGCAUUUCCCAAGGUGUUUCACACACCUUUGAGCUAGCCAGAAUAUAUGAUGAGACGAUCACCCUGACGGAAAUCUCUUUGGAAAAGAUGCUUCUCUUCAAAGACGAGAGGCUGAGAUAAGCAACCUGUAUCUGAUUAAAGCAGAGAGCGCUCGCUAAAAAUUCUGACUGAGAAAGGUGAGCGAGAAUACCUGUGAGGUCAGGCAUCACGGAUUUUUCUCUGUCGGUUUAAAAAAGUGGGAGCGAUCUCACCAAAUCGAAACGCCCACCCGCCGAGAGCCAUUGGAUUACAUGUUUCGUGAAAGGUUACAGCCGCCAACAUUGGUUUUAGAAACAUAGAACGAGCACGGCUCUGUCUUCAGCUUGAGACUGUAAACUGUAAAACGGGAAAUUUGUGCUUGCGAGAUUUCGUCCGGCAAUGCAAAUGGAAAAUGAUGUUAUAGACAUAUCUUGACGUUCUGUUCCAACUAAUGAUCCUGAAUUGCCCUUCGAAUACAGACUGGAAUUGUGCAUGCUUUCGUGGCUUCAGCAUUCGCUUGGAUUGUGUUUGUGUGUGUCUGUGGUUAGAUGCACUUUGAGUAGCAUGGUUCAAGAUAGAGGAACUUUUGAAGCUUGAUCCUUAUUGUAACAUUGUACUUUGAAGCGCUGAGCAUGUCUGGUGUAGCACAUUGAACUGUACUGUUUUAUUCACUACAGUAUAGCAUUCACACACUUAUCAAUGUAGCAGACCUUUCAGACACAACAUAUCUUUCGUCUUGCCUUAAAACUCGAGAGAAGACGGCACAAAUUUACCUUUGUACUUGUUCAUCUGAAUGUAAAUAGUGGUACAAAAUAGGUGCUGGCGUUGUUUUGAAAAGCACAGGGAAAAAUAGCUUCUUAUUUGUUUGAGGCUGUGCAAAAUGAAAAACUCCCUUCGUUGUGGGUACAGUAACCCCAUUGUAUCCCUAAAUUGUCAAAUUUUUAGAUGGAAAGGUGGUCUUUAGAUUUGCUGUUUUGGUGAUAGCAUGCAUUUAUGUCUCUCAAGUACGUAAUAGUAGCAUAUCUCUUAUUAACUUGAACCACCAAAACUAAAGCAGAGGAUCAACAGACAGAGUGGGCCAUGAUGGAGGGUUUAUAGUUUGGACACUAAAUGAUGCGCACACCAGUGUAAGAGACUGAUUCCUCCUCGUAGCCACAGCCACUACUGAAAUGUAGCAGUCUUGAUGAGAGGAGCUGAAGUGUAAAGUUUGACUCCAGUCACCCAAGAUCCAGCCACCAGGAGCAAGUGAUGUGCUAUCUACCUCCAAACUGGUUACAAGUGUUUUACUGAGAAUGCAGGUUCGGAGCUGAUGAGACAGGCAUGAAGACAGAACCAUGAAGUCACUUGCUUUAUCAAAAUUCUGUAGUUUUAUUUGUUCAUAUGGAGCUAAUGUUAAGUAGCAGGCGGCCUUGCUCGGCUCGUACACCUAAUUAAAGGAAGGUGUUUCUCAUCGCUGUUGUGGUGGGAGGUGAUUCUGUCCCUGCUGAAGAGGAAACUCUGCUCUGUGAGCUUCUUCACGUUCAGGGACCUCAGCGCCCUGCAUAGCUCAGGGCCAGCUUUUAAGCCCAGCGGCGGAGCCAUCCGCUAACCACUGGAGCAUCUGGAGUCUCUUUAUGAUAUGGGUGGCUUAUUAAAAUGACUACAUUCAGUGGCUUCUUUGGAAGGAGGAGUGGAAAGCAGUUGAGGAGUAGUAGUUAUUUUGGCUGCCUCCACCUACUGCAGUGCGCAGAUGUUCUGGUUUGUACAACAAGCGCCCCUGUCGUAAACGGGAAAUUCAGGGCUUGCUUCGAGUGUGGCGUUUAAUUGGCACUACUUUACUGCUUUGUGUGUCCCAACCUCCACGUCAUGUCUCCAGGAAAGCUUUAAUUUAGCAGUUCCUUGGUUUCUUUAGAUAUCCAUAAAAAUUUGUUUUGAAACUGCGUUGGGGCUUCAUGGUCUUCCCUGAGUCAAAAGCGCAUAGAGAAGUCUGUCUGAAUCCAUUCCUUCAACUGUAUUCAUAAACCAUCUCUACUCACAGGGAAAGUGGGACUGUGGAUCCAGAGCACAUAGAGAAGUCUGUCUAAACCCAUUCAUUCAACUGUAUUCACAAGGCAUCAGUACUCAGGGGUGAUAUGUCACUGCUUUAGCAAAAGGGUUAAAUGAAAUGGAAGCUACAAAGUGUUUCUCCACUCUGCUGUUAUGUGUUGAACCUGCCUCCCCUCCUUCACUAUCUCUGUUGGUUUCUGGGGUCUCUUCCUAGCUAAAGUGUGCUGUAACUUUUUCAUAGCGUUGCUAUCACUUUGUAGCAGUUUGACAACGCUACUCCACGGUUACAGCAAUGUUGUGAGAAUGUUGUGAGUUAGCUGUGUUCAGAGCAUCUAUCGCAGCCACUUUGAUGGUACAGCUGGGAAAACCCCAGCUUUCCAGCUGUAU